AUGGCUCCCUAUAUAAAAGAUAUUCACAGGAAAGGUGUUCGUGUAAUCAGUAAUGCUGGUGGAAUUAAUCCACUUGCUUGUGCAGCUGCCCUUCAGGAGGUGGCAAAGAAAGCAGAUGUUGAUUUGAAAAUAGCUGUUGUUGCUGGAGAUGACCUAAUGAGUGAGAAAGAGAACCUAAAAGGAGCUGGUAUCACUGAUUUAGAGAGUGGCAAACAGUUUCCAGAGAGCAUUCAUAGCAUGAGUGUGUAUCUUGGUGCAAGACCAAUAAGCAGAGCUCUUGACCUUGGAGCUGAUAUUGUUGUGACAGGUAGAUGCGUUGACAGUGGAAUUGUAUUAGGACCACUUAUUCAUUCUUUUGGCUGGAAUAGGGAUGACUUUGACUUGCUAGCUGCGGGAAGGCACAACAUAGGCUUUCCCAUUGUAGAAUGUUCCUCUGAAGGAGACUUUAUUCUUUCCAAACCACCAGACACAGGAGGACUAAUUUCUUUUGGUACUGUAGCUGAACAGUUGGUGUAUGAAUUGGGCAAUCCUCAACGCUAUCUUUUACCAGAUGUCACGUGUGACUUUUCUGAAGUUUCCAUCACUGAAAUUCCAGGUUUUGAUGGUGGGGCAGUGAAAGUUCAGGGAGCAAAAGGAUCACCUCCUUCAACAUUUUAUAAGGUAAAUGCUACUUAUCUUGAUGGCUUCAGAGCUACUGCUGUCUGUCCAGUGGGAGGUCCAAAGGCAGUACAAAAAGGAAAACGCACUGCAGAAAGUAUUCUGCAAAGGACUCGUCUUAUUUUCAGUCAGCUUGGGUAUGAAGAUUACAGUGCAGUUAACAUACAGAUUUUAGGGUCUGAAGAUACAUAUGGACCUCAUGCUAGAAGGAGUAUAGAUGGUAUCAACCUAUUUUUAAAUGGGCAGCAUGUUGAGACAUUUGAGGAGGAUCUCACGUUUACAUCAAAUGAGGUUGUUUCAUUUGAUCCACCUAAGAUUAGCAGUGAAUUAAAAGAUCUGCCAAGUGGUCCACAUACUUAUCGCUUAGAAGACCUUGCCUAUACUAGAAGUGGAGACAAAGGCAACUCUGCAAACAUAGGUGUAAUAGCACGGCAUCCCCUCUACUAUCCAUACCUAAAGAAAACUUUAACUGCUCAAGCCUUGGAGAGUUACUUCCAACACCUUUUAGAGCGAGAAAAACCCGAAGCACAACUAGUAACAAGGUACGAGUUGCCAGGAAUCCAUGGAUUAAAUUUUGUCCUGAGGAAUUCCCUUGGUGGUGGUGGCAUAGCAUCGCUAAGAAGUGACCCACAGGGGAAAGCACUUGGACAGAUGCUGCUGGAUUUCCAGAUUAAAAAUGUUCCUGAUUUAAAAUCACUGAUAGAGUAACAGGUGUCUAGUACGUAUACUUUUAACACUGAUUGGUGUAAAAUAUGUUAUAAACAAGAACUGGCUUCUUGAGUGAGAUUUUCUUUUUAAAAGUCAAAGAACAGAAGUUAGUGACAGUUAUCUCUCAGAGGCCUAGCUAUAUGGCACAGAUUAGCAAAUAUUUUGAGUAAUACCAGACUAAUAGCUUUGUCUGUGACUGAUAACAUUUCCUGUCUAAAUAAUACAUUGGAUGAAGAAUUAAUUAAUUUCCUGUA